AUGGGUGAAAAUGCAUUAAAAAAUGUUGUAACACGAUGUUAUGCACGAGAUGAAUAUUAUUUAUUAAAAGAAAUUAUUUUAAAUAAACUUCGAGGACAUAUUGAUCAAUAUGAUGUUCCCAAAGAAUUUCUAUGUAAAGAAUCAUUUGGCGAUCUUGAUGUUCUUAUUGUAUAUAGUACAUCAUCAUUAAAUAUUCGAAAUCUAAUUGAAGAAUUAUUUCAUCCAACAGAAAUAUGUCAUAAUGGAGGUUUAAUUGGAAAUAUUUCUCAUAAAAUAGAUUUAAAAUAUGUUAUACAAGGUCUUUGGAUGAAUAUACAUACAAAAGAAUUUGAUUCAACAACAACAUCAACUAAAUUAAUCUUAUCAACAAAUGUUAAAGAUAUAUUUGAUUUUCUUGGUUAUAAUUAUGAACAAUAUAUAAAAGAUUUUAACAAUGAAAAUGAUUUUUUUCAAUGGAUUAUUGAAGAAAAAUAUUUUGCUCAUUUAUAUUUUGAUGAUAAUCAAAUUAAUCAUGCUCAUCGACAACGUACAUCUAAACGUCCAAUUUAUAUUAAAUUUUCGAGAAUAUUUAAAUAA